GUUACGACUUUGUAGAUGCAGCAAAUGGUGGCACCAUCCCCGACCCACCGCCACUUUUGUUCGGCACGUUCUCUGAUACAGAUGCGGAUGCUGGCGAGGUCGGAGGCACCUUGACAUGGACGGUCGAUGGAACGUACAACAUUGGAACUUAUGACUUCACACUGUUGUCACACUACGCGAUCUACUUGGCGCUGGAUACUGCCGGCGCCGGCGGUUUCGAAGUAGCGAGAGUAGAACCUGGAUCGCUUAGUUACACGAUUCCAGACAACACGGAUCAGCAAACAGCGACAUGUCUCCUGAUGUAUGGGCUGAACAACCUCGGUCUCUCGGCAACGCCGUCGUUUUCCCACUGCUUUGAAGCCGCUUCCGGGAGCUUCACCACUACGACGGCAACUGAAGUCACGUCGACGACCAGCCUCACGGUCACCGAUACUAUCGAUCCAACCCAGGCGGUUAUCACCAAUGUCGGCUUCACGGACACGAGUGGAUCGGGCUAUUGGAUUGAUGGUACGGUGACUUGGGUUGCUCCUAACAAUCCGGCCUUCGAGUACUUCCGCAUUGUCAUG